UCGAAUUCGCAGCAUUUUCUUUAUGAGGGUUCACUUAGUCAUUCCACUGGGAAAAUAAUGCUGACAAGUUAUUCCAUUUUUGCGUAUGCAGAACGUAGCUCUGAAAAAACAAAUCUAACGAUAUCGUUCAAUUCUUUAAAAAUACACAAUGGGCAACGAACAUGGAAAAUUACCAUCCAGUAUCGACUUGUUACAGGAAUGUAAAACACAUUAUGAGUUUAUACAAGAGCUAAACUUUUCCCCAAUCGUGUUUCAUCGUAACACAGUCAAAUUAGCUAUCAUUCGUUAUGAAAAAUAUUGGCUGCCUUUUCUUGUCAAACACCCAAGUGAAAAGUUGGUGGCUCCACUUGAUAUAGAACUUGUUUGGGUUUCACAUAUGUUGGACCCGUAUGCCUAUGAAGCAGAUUGCAUAACAAUAGCGGGUAAAGUCUUUCCACAUCGUCUACCUACGCUAGCUCAACGCAAAAGUGACCACCAUACCAAAAAACUAUGGAAUGCUAUGUAUCAAGAACGUAUUCCAUUUAAAAUGGAUGUUGAUACCGUGCAACCAAAACCAGCUCCGUAUCAAUCUGUGAUAUCGUGUGAUUUACUACAGGCUGUUAAUGAUUACCGUCUGUUUGCUAGACAAGUAUCACUUCCGCAUUAUGAGGAUGAAAAGUUCUUGGAAAUUGGAUUGCACACAUACCUUCUAGAUGCUCAACUUGGUGAUCAAAGAAAGGUAUCUUAUCCAUACCAUAAGGGAUUUGUUUGGAAAACACACAUGCUGAAUCCUUAUGCAUAUAACAAGGAUAUCAAAGGAGUAAAAGAGGAAUUUAUUAAGAGCGUUCAUAAAAGAAAGAACAGUACCUCACACGCAUCCGUUGUGAGACAAGGUAGCUGGCAUCAAGUGCAUGAAUCGGUUCCUGGGGCCAUGUUUAGAGGAGAUGUCUGUCCAUUAGCAGAUAGCAUAAGUUACAGGGAUUUUUUGUUAAUGGGAAAUAAGGUGUACAGCUUAAGUGUAACAGCGCUGCGGCUAGAAAACCUUGAGCAAACCAAAGGCAAAGCGUAUCAUCUCAAUGUCAACGCCAAAGCUUUUCGCACGAACGACGAAAUUAACCUUAUGAAGUAUGAUGUAACAGGGGCAGGAAAAGGAAAUAUUUUUUUUAAAAUAUUUGAUGAUAUGUCAGUACAAAACAUUGUUCAAUUCGACACUACUGCAUACGAUUUAUUCCAUUUUCAAUUGCUCGAGGGUACGGUCGAUCAUUCCCCUGUCAAUCGUGGCUACUCGACUUAUGAAAACUCCUACGAUACGGAUUUCAGUUUUCCUGGAAAUCAGGACUAUGCAGAAGGAGAUGAAUUUAAGGUUUCUUUCACAUUACCGCCUACUGAAGGAAGUAGGUUUGACACCAAGGAAAUCUCAGGUUGGCUAAAGUUUCGCUGUGAUAAAAUUAAUGUUGGAAACAUAACUUUAGCUUUCGCAGCGGAUAAAAAUCAUAUAUCUCUAUCUCAGCAUUACGGUGACGUUCUUGCUUAUCCAAUGAUGAUGGCGCCGUAUACUUCAAAGUUAGACGAAGCUCCUUGUGUUUACCUGAACAUGCUUAUGAUGGAUGAAGAGCAAAAGACAACAUUAAAAUGUAGAAUCCUGCAAUCAAAUCUUGGUGAAUUUUCUGCAGUAGAGAUCUUUGAUUCAAAGAAUUCCUUAAUUGCAAGUUCAUACACUGUUGGUAAGGAAUCUCUGCCGAGUGAAAAACAAGUGAAGCAUCCUGAAAAAUGCUGCAUAUUGAGAGAUAGAGAAGAAACCGUGUUUGUAAUUCGAAGCACGAACCAUGAAUGGGGCAUGCUAAAAGUGUUCAAACAAGAAGAUGAAAUUACGCCUGCAGCUCUUCGUUUUUUGAAUCUUAAAAAUGUAACACUUGCAUGGGAGAAUCUAUAUGAUGCAUUUGACAACGUCAGGAGUGUAUAUUUCAAAGCUCACAAAGGAGGUUUGAUCGUUGACAUCGAUUCCGCAAGGAUCACUCUUCCACCUUCUUAUCGCGAAUUUCCAGAGUUACUAUCGUUAGGGGCAACCAUCAUCACUUUAUUCUGUGUGAAACAGUUUCAAAAGCUCUCCUAACUGGUAGUAGAAGUAGUACUUCGUAGUUUUAGAACUUUUAGCUUAGUAGAAAAAAUAAUACUGUAUAGACAAGAACGACAACGGAAAUAAAAACACUGGCGAUAACAACCACAAUGACAACAUAUAUUUGACCCUCCGUAAGUUAUUUUGACGCCUAUUUUAUUAGCCCAGUAAAGUUGACCUUUUGAAUAUACUAUAUAACACGUAAAUAAACAGAAACAUCCAUAACCCUUGCUAAAUUACAGAAAACCUCCAUAGACCUACACAUUGAUACCACGGGUUUACCUGCUAACAUCAGAAACUGCCAAAUGCAAAUAUUUCACUAAUAAGAAUAUUAUUUUUCUUUUACAUAUUUUAUCAUUUUUUUGUAAUGUUUUUAUGUAAUUAAUCGACUUUGUAUUGCACCUUAAAAGUUGCAUUUGUUAAACCACUGUCGUUGGAAACUCUUUUUCAAAAAAUGAAAGUAUUUUAAAAGGUACCUAAACCUCUAUUUGGAGGACACUUAUCUUUUCUUCAUCCGGCUGUUUGCUACAAACAGGUUUGACUAAAUCCUUUGUAGUUUUUGGAUUAUUUUCAUAUGUAUAUAUUUUAAUUUUCGCAAUAAAUUAGUUUACAGUU